UUUUUUUUUUUAAAAAAAAACGGAGGAAUAAUUAACUCGUACAAAACUCGAAAGUGCGUACUGAUGGAACAGAAUGAAUCACAACCAUUUUUAUUAAGCAGCGUGUAAGCUCUUUCCCGCUCUUAUCAAUGGCGGCUUCCACCACAACUCCUACAACCUUCUGGGAUCCCGAAGACUGGGAAAUCGUCAACGACGAUGGCUUCGUCUACAAGCGCAAGAAGCGUCGCAUCGACCCUUUUUCCUUCCCUCGUGCGCCAGAUCCCGUACCAGAUCCUGCUCUUCAACUCAAGCAAAGAAGGAAGAAAAAACUUGCAACUUUGCGCAACUUAAAGGAGAAAUAUCAAACCGAAAUUUGUCUCUGGGACAAUUUGUCGAACACCUUAAAGACAAUGGAAGAUAGUGCUAAAUCUAAGCUUGAACAGGUUAAGGAGAAAGAUGACGAGGAGGGAGAAGGUUGGAAGGUUCUUGAAAUGGGUGGUAAAGGGUCUGCAUCUGUUGUUUCAGUCGAAAAAUGUUCUGGGUCUUUGGUUGAUGAGCUUCUUUUGCAGGUUGAAGCACAGGAAGCAAUAAUACACAGCUUUGAGCAACUUUGUGAUAUAGCAGAGUCCUUGUGCAAUGCCCAGGAGGAGAAGGUAAAAGAACAUUACUUUAAUCUCCCAAUUUGGGAUUCCCCUCGUGAACUUAUGGCAUCGCUCUGUGAAGAUUGAGUAUCGCUGGGCUCAUGCUGGCGAUGGUGGUGGUUGUUUAUGGAUAUAGAGCCCAUUGAAAUUCUUAGUGUAUAGAUGUAUUGUUAUGUGGAAAACGAGAAUUUAUGUGAAUGAAUGUUUUUAGUCUGUGUUCAUGUCGUUUCUCUGUUAUUUCUGUUGAAAAGAGGGAGAGGGGGUGAAAUCUGAUAAAUUAUAAUGGUGAACUUUUGCAAGUUAGACGCUCUAAUUUUAAACAUGUUGUGACCUGUAAUUUAACUGAAGUAGUGUACAAGGAUAGGUACUAUUUUUACUCAAACUUUGGUAUGUUUUUGUUUGGAACUUGAGUCUUGUUAUUAAAAAUACUCAGUAAUUUGGCUA